UAAAGAAAUGGGUGAGAUUUUUUUUCGUUUUUGGCAUCAAAAGAAAACAAAUCCAGGGUUUCCUCAAAUUGUUUUCUAAAGCAGCUUCCAUUUUAUUUUAUUUUAUUUUAUUUCAUUUAUUGGGUUUCUCUUCUUUUCCAUUUCCUCACAGAACACUGAUUCAGCAGCCAGCAGGUUGUGCACUUUGACUGAGGAGCUAAACUGGCUGAAUCUAGUAUGAAUUUACAUAUUCAACUCCCAAAAUGUUCUUAUUGCUUGUGAUUAAUAUGUAAUGUAAUUCCAUAUCAGAUGUAAUGAGUUUUUUUAUUGGGGCUAAGGACUUCUUUCCCCUUUCUGAAACAUAUAACUGCUAAUAAGAUAUCCUUGCCCCUGAAUGUGGCUACCAUGGGAAUUUCUCAAUCGUGGAUAUGUAAGGGACUCAGGAUUACUCAUUAACUGUGUUAUUAAAGACUUGCUUGGUGAAGCAGCCUUGCUUGGAUGAGGCAAGUCAAAGUAGCCUCGCCUCGCCUAGAUGAGGUGAGGCCUCUUGCAAGAGGCGAGCCUAGAUGAGGUGAGGCCUCUUGCAAGAGGCGAGCGCCUUUCCUCACUUGGCUCGAGGCGAGGUAUUGCCUCUUGAAAAUAAUAUGCAUGCCUUUUUUUUCUUUCUUUCUUUUUGAAGACUAAAUCCUAAUCCAUAUUUCCUUUUUGAAGUAGUUUAUUUGAGAAUUAAAUUUUAGGGACUAGUUAGAGGACACGUCCCAUAAUUAUGCUAAUUAAUUAGGGAUUUAUAUCCUAUAUCUAAUAAAUUAGAGAUGUAUUUCUUUAUAAUUAUGCUAACUAAAUAGGGAUAUAAUCCUAAUUAGUUAGCAUAAUUGUAGGGUAUACCAUAUAUAUCUUAACUAAUUAGGAAAUGAAUAAUAUAAAUCUACAUAGUUGACUUUCGAUAUUCAAGUAUUUUCUAAUAUUAUGUCUAUAAUUCAACUAAUUAAUUAUGAAUAUAUAUCCUUGUAAUUAUGCUAACUAAUUAACUAAUUAAGAAGGAAUUAAUACAAUAUCUAUACAUGUAUGUAUAAAUAUGUAUCUAUACAUUAUACAUACAUAUACAUAAAUAUAUAUGUAUUUAUACACAUAUAUGUACAUAUAUAAGUAUAGCACCUCACUUCAAAAAGGCGUCUCCUAGCUUUUUGCCUAAGGCGAUAGGGACCUUGUCUCCUUAGUGUCUCCUGCGGCAUUGAUAACAUUGCUCAUUACUGAAUUUGGUGCCUUACAGUUUGCAAAGCGGUAUUGUCACAUUUUGCAGAAGUUGAGCUUGUGUGGAAAUAUUAUUUGGUUUAUCCUUAUGAAGUUAUUUUUGAAAAUUUUUUGUAAUUUUUUUCGGCCCAAGUUCUUACUGACAAGUAUUUCACAUGUUAAUUUCUUAAUAGUUGGUUUUUUUCUUUCUCCUUCAAAAUUAUUUUUUUGUUGCCUGUCUUCGUAACUUGCUAGAAUUACUUGCACAUGGCCUACACUUUCCUUAUUUUCUUCACAUUUUUCAAUACACUUACUAUGGUCUACUAUGAGAAAAUUGAGGGCCUUCUACAAAUGGUACUUAAUGUUUUGUUGGCAGCAUUUUAAACCUUUAAUCUGUCGAUCAAUAUGUGUAUAGUUCUUGUACUGGUUCUAUUCGUUUUUCUUUUUUAUGCAUAUUGGUGACAAGUGCUCUUGGGUCCUCUAGUCUUAUUACUCAAUUUGGGAGUUGCCAUUUGCUGUUACGUGCAAAAAUUGAAGCUUGAAGGUUGGGACUGUAUCCAGAAAGCGUCUUUAAGGAAUGUGCACAGAAAGGACCAGUGCUAUGCAGUGGCUAUUUAAACGAACGUGUGAAUAUGGUCACCUGCUGUAUACUUGUUGUAGUAGUUUCAUCUUCUUUGUUAAAUGUAAUCAUUGUGUUUUGUAGCCUUAUACAUGUUGUAAUGUUGUAAGUUUUAGCUUUCUAGAGCAAAUAUCCUAUGUGCUGCAUGAUUAAGAUUAAGAUUAUUUUCAAAAUCAUGAGUUGACAACUAUGGAUGUAGGAUCGGAUGCUGUUCAGGGGUUCCGUUGAACUUGUAUUCUUAGUUCAGCCUAUGUUUGUAAAGACACGCUUCCAAGGAUUUUCCUGGUUCUCAUGAGUUUGAUAUGCCCAAAGCCUCACAAACACCAGUUACUACCUUCUAAGUUCUGAUUCCAAUUUUUGACAAAUGGAUUUUGGCACAUGCGUUCAUAUUUGACAUCCAAGAGUAGAAGUUUGGAGGGUUUUCUUGGUUGAGUUAAGCUAAUAGAACACAUAAACAUUCUUAGAAUUCCUGAGCACUGUUGAGCAUAAAGAUGCACCAUGUUGGAUUGUAAACUGUGAUAUUAGGUUGGUUUAGCUGUAUAUUAUUUGUUUAAAAGUGUUUGUCUAAUCAAGUAUUUCAUGGCAUCAUCCAUCAAUGUGUUUUGCAUCUGCCAUGACUCUUUACUCUGUAUGUGGUGGGUGGACUUCAUUUUUAUGGAGUUAAUUAUUGAAAGCAUAAGCAUGGACACCUUUGAGAUGUAAUGUCACUAGUGGACCAUUUACUUCCAUGAACUCAAAUUAAAAGCCUUUUUCAUUGCAGGGAGGGAAAACCAUACAACAGCUUGUGUGGAAGGCAGGGAAAAUUUAUUUAACACAUACUGAACAUGAGUGAAGCAAACCAAGGGAACCAUCCUGAUAUAUCAGCCAUCAUCCCCAUGAAGCGCAAGCGUGGUCGUCCACGUAAGUAUCCAAGACCAAUUCUUGGUCAUGGGAGGGAUGUUCAUGCUUCAGUGGACUUAAAUCCAAAUCAUGGGUCAAGCUCUCAUGUUCCGCCUGGAUUUGUAGGGGUCAAUGGAAAUCAGCCCUGUCAAGUAGAUCGAGCUAAUUUUGCAAGUGAUGCGAUGGUGGGUCAGAUAGUUCAUGGUGUCAUUGAGGCAGCAUUUGAUGCUGGAUAUUUACUCUCUGUUAGGGUUAGCAACUCAGAAACCACUUUGAGAGGUGUCGUUUUUAAGCCUGGACGUUUCGUUCCUGUUUCCACAGACAAUGAUGUUGCCCCAGGCGUCCAAAUGAUCAGAAGAAAUGAGAUUCCUCUUCCGCAGGAGAAUUAUGCUCAAGUCCAUACUCCCCGGUCUAGAGAGAGAAAUGGAACUGUUCAUACAGCUCAACCAGUAACCUCCAAAGGAAAACAGGUGCCUUCAAUAGCUAGUCAAACUCCUGUGAUCUCAAGAGGCAAUGUGGUGCCCGUCGUACUCCAACCUGUUGAUUUAUCAAAUGGGAAUGCCAGUGAACCAUCUUCAAUUGCAACCCAACCUGCUGAUGCAGUGGCCUCUAAGGGAAAACAGGUGCUAGAUGCUGCUCAUCCAUUGAAUGGAUCAACACCCACAAACCAAGUGCAGGCAGUUGAAAACCAGCUGCUUCACUUUCAGUCUCAAGAUAAGUAUCAGUCAAUGCCUUCAGGCACACAAAAGGAACCUGGUGUUAAUCAAAAUUUAGCACAGGCACAGCAAGAGGCAGAAGCCCAAUCAAUGAAAUUACCUGGUAUGCCUUUCGGGAAACUGUUAACAGAAGUCAUCAAGAGAACUCAAGUCCCUUCACAGUCAACAAAGAGUGAUAAUGGUUCAGCUGUUAAUUUUUCUGCUAAAGUUUCUAGCCUUGCUGCAGAGGAUGAUGUUGAUGACACAAAUCAGCCGCUUUCAGUUGAGCCCCUGCAAUCUGUGCAGCCUGUUCUGCAUAAUCACCCUGCAGUUGUGUCAAGAACUUUGGAUAAUUAUAGAACUGGCAAGAUGACCGAGUUAUUGCAGGUUUUGCAGGAAAACAUGACAGAGAACCAGACAACUUCGAUGCAAGAUGAAACUAAUGAUGCCAGACUGGGAAGCUUGGAAACCGAGCUUGGAGAUGAAGACACUGAUAAUUCAAAGAAAUGCGCAUGAGCAUGAAGUUUCUGAUGCAACAGAUCUUGCCUUGGGGAGUGAUACUAUGCCUGGUGCUUACUACCUAACAUUUUCAAGAAGAAUUUCCAGUAAUUGGACAAUUACGUAGAGAGCUUGUUAGCUUAGAAUAGGUAAAGGCCAAAGAAAAUCUUGUUUGAGCCUUCUUAGGCUUCGAUGCUUUUCCAGUUCACAGUUAGAUUCAAAAAAAGUGCACUGGCUGCUUGUUUAUCAUCUAGUAAUUGUAAGUUAUGUGACGGUUCAGAUGUUAGCCUGUUAAAUAUUUAUGCAACCCUUUUGUUCUGUUCA